CCAGAUUUGAUCAAUAGCCUACGGUACUGUGUGAUAUCGUUGGACCUGCGAUGGGCUACAACGUAUGGGGAUAUGGAAUGGCUCGCUCGGGAAUCUUUAUCGUGUUGAUGGGGUUGUGGAGGUUUAGCUCUGCUUGCCCUGCAUCCUGCACUUGCAGCAUCUCAAGGCUUGUUUGUAUCGAUCCUGACCCAGGGAUCGAGGAUUUCCCUAUCCUUACGUUAGAUGACAUGGAAAUGGACAUCAACAUCACCGAUAUAUACAUUGCAAAUCAAAAUCGACUAUUUGACAUUAAUGAUAACAGCUUGAAGUACUACUCGAAUCUCAGAAAUCUAACUGUGACAAAUACGGGACUGACUUCUAUCUCAUCAGAAGCCUUUUUCAACAAUACAAGACUUCAAUAUCUGAAUCUGAGAGACAAUAACUUGUCAACACUGUCCUGGAGGACAUUCAUAAACUUAAACAUGACAUCUUUUCCUCUCCUGUCUGGUAACCCUCUGGAGUGUGUAUGUGAGAACAUGUGGAUCAAACUGAGGCUGCAAGAGGACAUUGACAGUUCAGAAAGUCAACAGCUGAAAUGCAUAGACGACCUUGGAGUGAGGAGGGCCAUCUCCAGAUUAAUUCUCCCUGAAUGUGAGGCUCCCGCAGUGGAGGUCAGUCCCUCUAUCGUCACAAAGACGGAGGGAAGUGAUGUCACAGCAGUGUGCAGUGCAACAGGGUCUCCUGCCCCUGAGAUCUCGUGGAAUUUGGACACCAUCUUCACCAGCUAUGAGGUCAAUAUCUUGGAGCUGGAAAGCAAUCUGACACUGUCAGGUCUCUCGCCUUCGGACAACGGCAGAGUGAUCACUUGCAAUGUGGAGAACGUAGUCGGCCAAACCGAGGCUUACCUCCAACUCAACAUCCUCUUUUGCCCCACUAUCCUGGAGCUGCUGGAGCCAUUGAGACUCCACCACUGGUGUAUCCCUUUCAGUGUGACUGGGAACCCCAAGCCCGAGCUGCAGUGGUACCACCAGGACCAGGAGCUCCACGAACAAGAGUAUAUCAAGACUGAGAUCCACAAGAGCCUUGGAAGUGUUCACCACGGCUGCCUACAGCUUGCCAACCCGACUCACAUCCACAACGGGCAGUAUACGCUGGUGGCCAGGAACGAGUUCGGGGAGGACCAGAAAGUAAUUGAUGCCCACUUCCUGCUCCCGCCAGACGAGGGCGACUAUCCCUCAGAACAGCCAUAUUACCCUUACACCACUGACUCACCACUACCCCCAAUAGACGACAGUGUUGCAGUGUACGUAGUGGUGGGAAUCGCUGGUGUGGCAUUAAUUGUAUGUGUUCUGAUGGUGAUCAUUCUGAAAUACGGAAGAAACUCUAAUAAGUUUGGGAUGAAGGGCUCCUCCUCCUCGGUCAUCAGUAACGAUGAUGACUCUGCCAGUCCUCUUCAUCACGUCUCAAACGGCAACAACACCCCGUCGUCCUCGGAGAUGAGCCACGAUGCGGUGAUCAUUGGAAUGACAAAGAUCCCUGUCAUCGAGAACCCGCAGUAUUUCCGCCAAUCUGGCAGCAUGCUGAAAUCGGACACAUUUGUCCAGCACAUCAAGAGACACAACAUUGUGCUGAAGCGUGAGCUGGGAGAGGGGGCCUUUGGGAAGGUGUUUCUGGCUGAGUGCUACAACCUGACUCCAGAUCAGGACAAGAUCCUGGUGGCUGUCAAGACGUUGAAAGAGGCCAGCGAGAGCGGCCGUGCUGACUUCCACCGGGAGGCGGAGCUGCUGACCAACCUGCAGCACGAGCACAUCGUCACCUUCUACGGCGUGUGUGUGGACAGCGACCCGCUCAUCAUGGUGUUCGAGUACAUGAAGCACGGCGACCUCAACAAGUUUCUCAGGUCCCAUGGUCCUGACAUGGUGCUGAUGGCUGAUGGGCAGCACAGCCUGAUGGUGGAGCUGACCCAGUCCCAGAUGCUGCACAUCGCCCAGCAGAUUGCUGCAGGCAUGGUCUACCUGGCCUCCCAGCACUUUGUCCACAGAGACCUGGCCACACGCAACUGUCUAGUGGGAGAGAACCUGCUGGUCAAGAUUGGGGACUUUGGAAUGUCCAGGGACGUGUACAGUACCGACUACUACAGAGUGGGGGGUCACACCAUGCUGCCCAUCCGGUGGAUGCCUCCUGAGAGCAUCAUGUACCGGCGGUUCACCACGGAGAGCGACGUCUGGAGUCUGGGCGUGGUCCUCUGGGAGAUCUUCACCUAUGGGAAGCAGCCCUGGUACCAGCUCUCCAACAAUGAGGUGAUUGAGUGCAUCACCCAGGGGCGCGUGCUGCAGCGGCCGCGUUCUUGUCCAAAGGAGGUGUACGACCUGAUGCUGGGCUGCUGGCAGAGAGAACCCUACAUGAGACUGAACAUCAAAGAGAUCCACAGCCUGCUCCAGAAUCUGUCCAAGGCCUCGCCUGUCUACCUGGAUAUUCUGGGCUGAGUGAGUCUGAUCGGCUGUGUUUGUGUAUGGGAGGGAAUGAGGAUGGAGUUGUGUGCGUACGAGCGAGCAUACUGUUUGUAUGGGUGCGAAUAAGGGUGGAGUUUGUGUGUGUGAGCAUACUGUGUGUGUGUGUAUGGGUAGGAUGUGUGUGUGUGUGUGUGUGUGUGUGUGAGACCAUACUGUAUGUGUGUAUCUGGGUAGGAUGAGUGUAGAGGUGUGUGUGUGAGCAUACUGUAUGUGUUUCUGUGUGCUGACUGUGCUUCUGCCUGCUCAUCACAUAGACAAAAGCCUUACAUUUGAUUGCCAUUUCCUUUCCUUGUCCAUUUGAAAAUACUCUUAGGACCCGUUUCUCAAACCCAGAUUAAAAUAUUCCUGGAGUAGGCCCAAUUCUGGUUUAGUUAAUCAAGAGCAAAAAAUAGUAUUUCAUAAACAUCAGUUAACCUUGAAUUACAUAGUCUUGGACUUUGACGGGGACUUUUUGAAUAAUAGUCAAAGAAUAACUUAAUAAUGUCCAUGAAACCAAAUGAUCAGUAAUCUUUAUUAAAUUGUAAUUUAGUCAAGGAGUAGGCCAAGGCCUCCCGGGUGGCGCAGUGGUUAAGGUCGCGCCAGCUGUGCCACCAGAGACUCUGGGUUUGCGCCCAGGCUCUGUCGCAACCGGCCGCGACCGGGAGGUCUGUGGGGCGA